AUGUGUGAAAAUUUCCAAGUUUUUAUCGACUUUAAGGAAGUCUACAUAAAUGGCAUUAGUGAUGAUUUCGAGUCUAAGGAAGUUGAACUGUCAUUGGAUUUUUUGGGGACUAAAAUAGGAAGCAUGCAGGAUGAUAAUAUCAUACUUAUCGAUGGAGCUCAAUUAAUAAAGCAAAAUUUUAUAUUAAAAUCAGAAGUCUGCCUUGAAAAUGAGGAAUAUUUUAUGUUUCAAACUUUUGGAUGUCCUGUAAAAAUCCAGUUACAUUCAAAGAAAUUGGAAGGCAGGUUGAAGAGAAAAUCUGAAAAUUUCCAGAUCCUGUUUGCAAACGGUUUAAUCAACCUGCUCGAAAAUCUUAAGGAUCUUAGGCAAAAAUGCAAGCAUGUUCAAUGUAUCAGCUUAAAUGUCAUAAAUUCUGAAAAAACUGAAGUCAUUUUGACUUAUAAAAUUAAAUUUGAAAAUGCCCCAAAACUAGACUCAACAUUAUCAAUUCGAAUUGAUAAUGUCCACAACUUUCCAUUAAGUCAGGACGAAAUUUAUGAAGCUGCUUUUCAGUUUCCAUUUGAUAAAAAGUUUCGAGCAGUGUUCAUGCAAAAAGUCACGUCUGCGUCUAAAAUUGGUGACAAUUCUUAUCUAAUGGAUGAAUUGCUGAAAGAAAGGAACUUUGAAAUUAAAGACAGUUCCUCUAUAAUCAAUCUUGGGUACGAGAAUUUUCAAACUGAUUUUGGAACGAUCAUGCUUCAUGACAUGAUCAGGAAUGGACAAAAAAUUGUAAUAGAACUGAAAUUAAAUGAUAAACUGUAUAUGACAUGCUUAGACUUAACAAUUUUCAAUCAUCCGGAAGUGACUGAUGUAAAUUACCUAGUUCCGAUUUACGAAUGGAACAACAAGCUGAUAUUUACUCAGUCCCUGCAAGAAGCAUGUUUUGUAGUCAAUGAAACAGCUAGUAUCAAAAAAAGAAGUAGCAAAAAAUCAAUGAAAACACUUGACAGUAUUGUUGCUGAAGAUGUUCUAACUUCUUUAAUUAUUGAUGACAAAUAUGUAGCACUAAAAAUCAACGUAAAGCUCUCAAAAGCAUUAAACCAAGAACAGAGACUAGAAUCAUUAAUGGAUGAGCUUAACAAUAAGUUUCCAUACAAAUUAGAAAUCAAGCAGGAAGAUUUUGUCAUGCAGCAAUCACAAAAGGAUUUACAUUGCAUUAUUAAACAAAUGUCUAAUGUCCUAGAAAAGUUCAUUGAUUGUCAUUCAAAUGUAAGUGAAGAGGAACUUUUGGUUGACUUAAAAAAGUUUGCUGAUUCCAAUGAAUUUUGCCUCAAAACAGACUUCAAGAAAGUGCUUACAACAAUAAUUGGGAAUACAUUUAAUCAGGAAGAAAAGACAAGAACUAAUCAUGAAUUUAAGCUUUUAAUGAUGAAAGCUUUCAAAAGCUUAAAUAAGCAAAUCAAUUCAAUUUUAAUUGAUAGGUACCAAAAAAAGUUGACAGAUCUAAAAGUGCUUCUAGACGAGAAAAUCUGUAAAUGGCAAAUUGAAGAAUACAUUAGACAUGGAAAUCCAAAAAAGGCAGAAGAACUGAUUGAAAGAGAAUUAACUGAAAGUUUUGAUGAGGCAAAAAUGAGAGAAAAAGCUUUAUAUCUUUUGAAACUCAAAAAGUAUGAUGAACUUGAAAUUAUGCUAAGGAAAUUAUUUAGAGUUUCAAGGUACUGUUCAUUUUCGCUAUACAUCCUAUCCUAUUUGUGCGUCCAUAAGAAUAAUUUUGACAUGGCAAUUUUCUUAGUAACAAUUCUGACGAAAUUAAAGCCACAAAGCAUGGAAUAUUGGAUAUUGCUGUCGAGUUUUUAUGGAAAAAUAGGAAACAUCUCAGGCGUCAGGUUUUGCAGCAUUAAAAUUCAAGGAACUGAGUUCAUUCCAAAUUACAAAUUAAACGACUCUGUCAUUCAUCCUGAAAUUAUUUUCAUGGAUCCAAUAACAAAUAUUUUAUGGCACCAACUUAAAUUCUCUGUGCUUGAAUAUUAUGCAAUAACUAAGAUUUAUGCUGAAAAUGGAUAUCAAAGCUUGGAAUGGUCAAUCGAGAGGAUUUACAUUGAAAUCAUUGAAUUAAUUGAAUCAAAAAAAUAUCAAGUUGCAUUGGAUAUACUUAAACGAAUCAGCAUUGACGAUGAAAACGAAAUUAUUGUAAGGAUAUUGAAAGGAAAUGUUCUUUACGAGAUCAAAGAGGAUUGGAAGGCAAUUUCUGAAUAUGAAAUAGCUUUUAACUUGUGCCUUAAAUUUGAACUUUCAUUUCCUUUGACGCCCGCGAUAAGAACUGGUUCUUGGUACCUAAAAGAGAUGGAAAUGUUUCAUAAAGCUAAGAGAUAUUUCACCUAUUGUUGCAAAAAUUUUGGAACCUUUGAUAGCUUUAUGGGACUUGGAAGAACUGACCUUAAAUUGAUGAUUUACCAUCAUGCUGAAAAGUCUUUAAUAGAAGCAAAUGUGAUUAAUAAGCAUUCGAGUGAUAAUUGGACAUUAUUAGCACUUACAAGUUGUAAACUGAAAAAAAUCGAUACAGCACUGGAUUGCUACUUGACAGCUAAAAAUUUGAAUGCAAAUGAAAGUCCAGAAAUGAUUGAAGUUGAAAAAUAUCUUGAUAUUUAA